UGACAGAGCCAUAAAGGCAAAGGGCGAAGCGCGGGAGGAACAGCCGAACGGAUAACCCAUUCGGUUUUUCUACUUGGCCAGUGAUCAGAAUUACUCAUUCCGGUCGCGCUCUUCAGAAACUUUAGAAGCUAACGAGCAACAUCUGUGAGAGUAGUGGCAAUGGCAACUCUCAGAGCUGUAUCCUUCCCUUCAAUACACCUCCCGACAAUCUCAGCCACACCUCCGUUUGAGAAGUCAAUGCUGUUUAAUCCUCCUGAUCGACAACUCACUUCACUUUCCUUGUCGAGUUGCAGAAGCAAGCCCAAAAUCAAGCUUCUCUCGACCAUUUCCUCGACUGUUUCGACUGAACCGAUAGACCCACCUACACCUGAGGCUGAAAGCAGUGGAGAAAAGGAGAAAUUUGAUUGGUAUUCGCAAUGGUAUCCUGUUGCGCCUGUAUGUGAUCUUGAUAAGAGGGUGCCGCACGCAAAGAGGGUUAUGGGUCUCGACGUUGUUGUCUGGUGGGAUAGGAAUGAAGGGAAAUGGCAGGUGUUCGAUGACAGUUGCCCGCAUCGGCUGGCGCCACUCUCCGAAGGACGGAUCGACCAAUGGGGACGGUUGCAGUGUGUAUACCAUGGAUGGUGCUUCGAUGGUGCUGGUAAUUGCAAAUUCAUUCCACAGGCGCCGCCUGAUGGUGCACCGGUUUACUCAUUCAAGAAAGCAUGUGCGGCUGUUUAUCCAAGUAUUGUGCAGAAUAAUAUUGUUUGGUUUUGGCCAAGCACUGAGCCACGGUACAAAGAUAUAAUGAUGAAACAAAAACCUCCUUAUAUCCCAGAGUUGGAUGAUCCAUCAUACUCGAGAUUAAUGGGAAAUAGAGAUAUUCCAUACGGGUAUGAAGUUUUGAUUGAAAAUCUUAUGGACCCUGCUCAUGUUCCCUAUGCACAUUAUAAGAUAAUGCGAGUUCCACGUCCCAAAUCCAGAGUUAAGGCUGAUAGAGAAGGAGGAAGGCCAAUGGAGAUAAAUGUACAGACGUUAGACAUAAAUGGUUUUGUUGCAAAGCAGGAGAAUGGCCAUAGCAAAUUUAUACCACCCUGUAUUUUUUUUGCUUCUCCAGAUUUGAUUCCAGAUCAAGGUAAUGGAUCUGCAUCUUCAGGUAGUGUCAAGAAGGAGCAGUCUCAACGACGAUUCCUUCUGAUUUUUAUUUGUAUUCCUGUUAGUCCUGGUAAAAGUAGAUUGAUAUGGACAUUUCCAAGAAACUUUGCGGUUUGGAUUGAUCGAGUUGUUCCACGUUGGAUGUUUCAUAUUGGACAAAACCUUAUUCUGGAUUCAGAUCUUUAUCUUCUUCAUUUGGAGGAGCGCAAAAUACAUGAGAUUGGGCCAUCCAAUUGGCAAAAGGCUUGUUUUGUGCCAACAAAGUCAGAUGCCCUUGUCAUUGCCUUCAGAAAAUGGUUAAGAAAGUACUCAGGUGGUCAAAUUGAUUGGGCAGCCAAGUUCGAUGGAGCCCUUCCACCAACACCUCCUAGAGAGCAGUUAAUGGACAGGUACUGGUCUCACGUAGUGAAUUGCAGUAGUUGCCGUGUUGCAAUUAAGGGUCUCAAGGUGCUGGAAGUAGUCCUGCAAGUUAUCUCUGUUGCUUUGAUUGGGAUUGUUGCAGCCAUCAAGCAGAACAUGGUGUCAACCAUUGCAAAGACUACAGUGGUCUCUGUGGCAGUUCUGUGCUUUGCUGCUUCAAGGUGGCUGUCACAUUUCAUCUACAAGAAUUUCUAUUUCCACGACUACAACCAUGCAUUCGUAUGAGAUGGCUAUUUCACUUGAUAUUGAUUCUGCAAAUACCAUUACAUCAGGAAAAUUGUAUACACCUUGCCCCCUCCAUUUGCACACUGAAAGUUAUACAGAGCCCUUAUGCUUUGUAAAUAUGGUUGAAUUAGAAAGAUCGAAAUACCCUCACCUCUUUUCCAACUAACAUAGUUACCAUUUUGAUUUUCUUCUC